UCCAAGCACAUUGGACUCGCGGUACAUAUAGUACAGUUUGAUUUUUGGUUUCGUGGUGUGCCUUAAUUCAAUUUACUACAAUAUCUGAACACCGAUGUCAUUUAUUUUGUUUUUUUCCUGCCAUGGAGGCCGCUGGACAAAAGCACGGAUGGGAAUACUCCGGGAUUGCUCUGUGUUUCUCUUUGAUUAUUGGCUUUGCACAACAGACUUCAGCUCAGAUAAAAUAUUCUAUUCCUGAGGAAGUGAAAGAAGGAUUUGCUGUUGGAAAUAUUGCUAAGGAUUUGGGCAUUGAAGUAAGUGGCUUAGUUGACCGACAGUUUCGAAUCGUGUCUGGAUCUAAAGAGGAGCUCUUUCAGAUAAAUCAGGAAAAUGGCGUGUUAUACGUGCAUAAGAAAGUCGACAGAGAGUCUUUAUGUGUCAACAAUGGUAUCUGCAUGGUCAAUUUAAAAACCGUCGUUGAAAAUCCUUUGGAGGUACAUUAUGUAGAGAUAGAAAUAUCAGAUAUAAACGAUCAUUCACCUGUUUUUUAUGAAAAAAAUCAACACCUGAGAAUAUAUGAAAAUACGCAGCCUGGUGCUGAUUAUAAAUUGCAGGCUGCACGUGACCCAGAUUCUGGAACGAAUUCGGUUCGUUUUUAUAAAUUAACUCCUAAUGAUCAUUUUGAAAUGAAAGUUAGAGAAAGCGACGAGGAUAAAUUGCCUUUUUUGGUCCUCAAGAAAGCCGUUGAUCGGGAGAUUAAAACGACAUACAAGCUGCUUUUAACAGCAGUAGAUGGAGGGACACCCCCGAGAUCUGGGGUUCUUAACGUAACAGUUACUGUUUUGGAUAUAAACGACAAUCGCCCUGUAUUUAGUCGAGAGACAUAUUCUGUGGAAUUGCCGGAAAAUUCUGCAAUUGGCACUGUAGUAAUUCGAGUUAAUGCAACUGAUAUCGAUGAGGGCCCAAACAGCGAAAUCGAAUACAGUUUUGCGACAUUAAAUGACAAAGUGCAUGACGUUUUUGAGAUUGAUCAAGUAACCGGCGAAAUACUUGUUAAGGGGAAAGUGGAUUUUGAAGAUAUGGAUAUUUAUAAACUCGAUUUCCAGGCUUCAGAUAAAGGACAUCCACCAAUGUCUGCAAACUGCAGAGUUAUUAUUAAGAUAAUUGAUGUAAAUGAUAACAGACCAGAAAUUGAGAUUACAUCACUUUCCAAGAACAUUCCUGAAGAUUCAAAACCAGGUACUGUUAUUUCGCUCGUCAGUGUCACUGAUAAAGACGCUGGGAUUAACGGAAAAGUUAUUUGUCAGUUAAACAAAAAUGUUCCGUUUGAGUUGAAACCUUCAUUCAAAGACAACAUGUACUCUUUGGUAACAAAAGAACGAUUAGAUAGAGAAACGAAUUCACAGUAUGAAAUUACAAUAACCGCCUCUGAUUUAGGACAGCCCUCUUUGACUGCAUCAACAAUGCUAAGUGUUCAAAUUUCUGAUGUAAAUGAUAAUGCCCCAGAGUUUUUUAUAAACCCGUUGGAGCUUUACUUAAUAGAAAACAAUGCUGCCGGUUCGUCCAUACUUUCUGUGAGCGCAUCUGAUAGAGACACGGCGGAAAAUGCCAUGAUAUCAUAUAACAUAGUCAGAGGAGCCGGAACCCAGAAUGAUAUAUCGUCUAUCUUAAAUAUAAACUCGGAAACUGGUGUUAUUUAUUCUCUGAAAAGUUUUGACUUUGAAACCUUAAAAACUUUCCAGUUCCCUGUGCUCGCUGUAGACUCUGGAUCUCCGUCUCGGAGCAGUAAUGUGACAGUAAAAGUGUUUAUUUUGGAUCAAAAUGACAAUGUUCCAGUGAUCUUAUAUCCAGUCAGCGCUAACGGUUCUGCUGAGGGUGUGGAGGAGAUUCACCGGAAUGUGAACGCAGGUCAUUUGGUGACUAAAGUCAGAGCCUAUGACGCAGAUAUUGGAUACAACGGCUGGUUAUUAUUUUCACUGCAGGAAGUUAGUGAUCACAGUCUCUUUAGUCUAGAUCGCUAUACAGGACAGAUAAGAACCCUUCGCUCAUUCACAGAAACAGACGAGGCUAAUCAUAAACUGGUCAUACUGGUGAAGGACAAUGGAAACGUUUCUCUUUCAGCAACAGCGACUGUGAUUGUCAAAGUUGUGGAGCCCAAAGAGGCGUUUGCAACCUCAGAUGUUAAACAUGCAGUAAAAGACGAGGAGGAAAACAACGUGACAUUUUAUUUGAUCAUCACAUUGGGCUCUGUGUCACUGCUUUUUAUCGUCAGUAUCAUCGUGUUGAUUGCAAUGCAGUGCUCUAAAUCUACUGACUAUUCGUCCAAGUAUUUACAAGAUAUGAAUCAUGACGGGACUCUGUGUCACAGCAUUCAGUACAGAUCUGGAGACAAACGGUACAUGCUAGUUGGACCCAGAAUGAGUAUCGGCUCUGCUCUAGCACCUGGCAGUAAUAGGAAUACUCUAGUGAUACCAGAUCGCAGGAGGAGAGAUUCUGGAGAGGUAAGACUGAAAAUUAUUUCAUACUAUGGAUUGUCUGAUUAG